GACGUUGUUCUUGACCUUCGCUUUGGUUCAAAUCAGUCUCAUGUAGCUGCAAGCUACAUUCUUCUAAAAGUAGUAGAAAAAUGUACUUAUUUCCACUGUAAAUGGUGUUGCUUAACGAGGUAACGUUAUUUGCCAAAGUGUACAUAAAGUAAUCUUUUUACGGGAACAAUGGUGAAGUACUUUGCCUGCGUGGGUCUUCUGAAAAGUUCCUGGGACCAAGUUUGCAUCGCUUUCUGGGAGCGAUACCCCAACCCCUACAGUAACCAUGUGCUAACGGAGGACAUCAUCUUCAGGGAGGUAACUCCCGGUAACCGUCUGGUCUCUAGGCGACUGCUGACCAAAACGAACCGCGCCCCUCGCUGGAUGGAGAAGUACCUGCCGGUUACCAUGGCGAGGCACGCCUACAUCAUCGAGGAUUCCAUCGUGGACCCUCAGAACAGAACCAUGACAACGCUGACUUGGAACAUCAGCCACGCACGCAUGAUGUCUGUGGAGGAGCGUUGUGAGUACAGAAUUAACCCUGACAACACCAGCUGGACGGAGAUUAACAGAGAGGCCUGGAUCUCGUCCAACCUCUACGGGCUCUCCAGAGCUAUACAGGAAUUCGGCCUUGCCCGGUUCAAGACCAGUGUUACAAAGACCAUGAAAGGGUUUGAAUACGUCCUGGCCAAAAUGCAAGGUGAGAUCCCCUCCAGGACGCUGGCUGAGCAUGCUACAGAGAGGGCCAGGGAGACGGCUCUGGCAGCUAAAGAGAGAGCCAAAGACCUGGCCUCACAGGCUCACAAGAAACAACAGUAUGUCUGAGCUGCCAGUGUAGGGUGAAGUUGCCCCUAGAUGGUUAGGAUUGGGGCAGGGGAAGCUGAUCCUUGAUCUCUUCCUAGAAAACUUCAACCCGGAGCGCGAGGAAGUAGACACUGGCCCCUGUCAGUCCCGCCUGGAUUCAAAGACCAUUUCAAAAUAAUUUCAAGUUCUUUAUCUGGGAACGAUUGAGCAUGCCUGGCUGGCACAAUGGAACCGCUCCAGGCAGGCUCAAGCAAAUGCAAAAAGUAUUUCAAAAAUGUUGAAUAGUAUUUGAACCCAGGUCUGGUUGUCCCUAACUGCUGGUCCAGAGUCAGAUCUUAUCCACCCCCCUAAUGGUUAGAUUUGGAGGGGAAUCUGAUCCUAGAUCUGUGGUUAGGGUUGCAAAAUUCCGGUAACAAAAAUUACCAGAUUUUCCAGAAAUCCCAG